CCAAUCGACUACCUUAUAAUACCUUAUAGUACAUUUGUUGAGCUUUGGUCUAUGUAAAAUUGUAUCCACGCCUUGAAAUGAACCUCACUGAUACUUGUGGCCACAUAACAAAAAUACAGUAUAAUCAAGAACUUAGGGUAGCUUAUUUCUAUCUGAAAAGUGUUGUGUUAUUAAGGUGGCCAUGUUUAUUUCAAUGGGUUUCUCAUUCUACGCUAGUGAAGGACAAAACUGUAUAAAAUUUCCAUUCAGUGGUUGAUACAUCAUCGAACAAUACAGCCAAUAUGGGCAAUAAUGAUGUGGAGCCCGUUUGGAAUAAUACUUACCACAGAAAUGAGGCGUUAGAAGAUGUUUCUAGCACACAAGAUCUUCCUCCUCAAAGAAUUAAAAAACGAGGUGUAGAGGUUGUUGAUCUACAAGGUGGCCAAUCUUUGACUAUAGCCAAAAGACAGCUGUGGGGCGCCAAUGAGUGUUUGUACAGAGGAAUGUCUAAACUUCCCUUCAAGUACGUUGUCUACGGUCAAACAGACACUAGCAUCUGUUCAUCACUAUAUGACUGCUCAAAACACAUGAGAUUAGUACAAGAAGAAGAUAUGAGCAAGGGACAGCCUGACAUUCGGUACAAUGUGGCUGUAGGUGGGGAUGGUAAGGUCUACGAAGGCCGUGGAUGGUGCGACACACCAGCAUUGCCAGAGGAGUUAGCAGCGACAAUUGAUGGACCAGCCUUGUAUAUUGGCUUCAUUGGCGAUUUUAAAUACAAACCUCCACCAUUCAUAAUGACUUUUACUGCCAUUCAAGUAAUCAAAGUCGCGUUGAAAAGAAAAGUCUUAGGAGCUACAUUCAAACUCAUCCAACUCGAAAAUGUACCCAAGACAAGAUCGGAAAGCUAUUCCUCGAAACAAUCACAAAACUCAACAUAUUAAAGCUUAAGUUAGUG